AUGGGGCUGAGGAUGGACAGACAGUCCAUACCCAUUCGAAAAGGACUUGCCAGCUAUGGGCAAGGAGCAGCGACGCCACUCUGCCUGCGACGCCGGCUGCCCCGAACCAAGGCGCAGGGGCUGGGGCUGUGUGUCGUCAUAUGUGUGCGACAGCAUCUGCGCUGUUGCUUUUUCGUCGUUGAGGCUGCUGCGCUCCGGAGUCAGCCGAGGCUCCGGGUCUGUUCAUUCUUGUUGGACUUUGCGUUUGUGUCUGGAGAGGGAGCUCGCUUCCGGUGUUGCGAGUCCUCGCCUGGAGACGCGCGAGAUGGAGAAGGCGUGCGAGGAUUGUCCCCAUCUCUUGCUCCCCGUGCCCGGAGUGUCUGGACUCGGUGUCUCUGGUCUGUGGAAAACCUCCGGCUGUGGACUUCGCGGGAAGAGUCACCCCCUCGAGAUCGGGAGGACUGCAGUGGAGAGCAGAGCCACUGGGACCCCUCACGCUGUGACCCCGGGGAUCGCGUGCUGUCCGCGGUGGCUCAGUUGGAGACCGAGCCCGGGGAGCUUCAGGUUUCCUCUUCUUGCUCUCCUUCCAGAGAGGGACCCUUUCGGAUCGGGGAGCUUAUUUUAGCUCAGACAGGGAAAAGACACACGCAAUUUAAGAAAUGAUUUCGGCUGUGCAACGUCGGACACUUUGAUACUAACCGGCGGCAAUCACAUCCAGCGAGAUCAUGGGCAAGUUCCCCCGGACAGAUCCCGACGAGUUCUUCUGUUAAGAGUUUUCUGCUGCAGAGACCAGCUUUGGGGGAAUAUGUAUUACUGAUGAAAAGAGGGCUUACCGUAAUGUAUCCAGAGGAGAUAAAGGAUGUACUGAUGAUGGACAUCAGCCCAGGGGACACUUUGGAAGCAGACUCAGGCUGUGGUGCAGUGAGCUUAUUUUUAUCUAAAGCAGGUAAGAUUGGCAUAACUAAAGGAGGUCAUGGGGCAGGGGGAGACAUCAUCUCCAGAGCUCACUGGCCAGCCAAUCUAGUAGAAGCUGUGAGCUCCAGGUUCAGUGAAGAGACCUACUGGGAUUGCGUCCAGGGCCCUACACAUGCCAGAGCCUAUAAAGUUUUUGUUUUGAUAGAAAUAAACAUUUUUCCCUUUUCUGAAAGCAUCACACAGGUUAUUAAACUUCUGGAUGGGAUUUACACCUGUGAACUUGCUCUCUCAUGUGAACAGAUAAGUGAGGUCAGAGAUUGGCUGCUUUGUCUUACAAAACGGAGAAGUGGAAUUCUGCUUUCCAAAAGUCAGACCAAAAUCAACACAAAUUUACAAUUACAUUCUCUCAAGGAAAUUGGAGUUGGAAAUGAAGUAUUUCAAGAGGAGAACCAUGUUGAGCUUCAGUUUUAUUUUAUGCUUGUUUCUGAUCGUAAGUAUUGUAGAUUCUUAAGCAUAUUGGCCAACACAUUCACACAAUACUACACUCACAUAACUAUCAGAUACUCUUCAGAGAUUUUUUUGAUACAGAAACUGAAAUGUAGUGUUUUUCUAUUCUGUUAAAUGAAUUGCAAAAUGUAAGUCCUAAAGUGUUGCUGCAGUUCUUCCAAGAAGCAAGUUUAGGUCCUUGUAUGUGUAUAUUAUUUAGGCCAUGAAAAGGGUUUCAGAUAUAUUGAUUUAUGAACAGGCUUAUCCAUUUGGUUCUAAGCUCGUCUGUAAGGUUACUAUGUGAUCACUGGCAAAUGUUUCUGUAUAUCGACUAGCAACAUAGCUCCAAAACAAUGCAAAAAAAAAAAAAAAAA